AUGUCGACAAGUGAGGGCAAUGCUGCUAAUCGCUUUGCUGGUCGAGUAAAGCAGGCUGAAGAUCCUUUUGUAAAGGCUCUGAGAAUCAAAGUCAAUGGACUCAAACGUAACAUGAAGGACCUGGAGUUUGCAAAGAAGGAGGUUGUGUGCGAAACAGCACGCCUAGAAUCAAUCAGGGAUACCAACCCGGAUCGAGUAAAACAACAAGAGAAUGUCAUAGCUGAGGCACAAAUGAUGAUUCCCCACUCUGAAAACAGAGUGAGGGCCGCUAUAAAAGACCUGCAAGAUUUUUUGGACACCCACGAAAACGACGCGGAAGAAGGGGAGUUAAUGCAAGAUGCCCGUACAACUUUAGAAAGUGCACAGCUAACUUUGUCUAAACAAUAA